AUGGGUGAAAAUUUAUUGAAAGAGAAUCACCUAAAACUAUUUGACGCAAGGACAAAUCAAUCACUAUCAACAUAUCAGGAGCAUAAAAUUAGCAUUUCUAACCCCAUUACAGAUUUGAUUAAAGGACAGCUCGAAAGUCUGCUAAACAAAAUCCAAAAAAUUAAUUCAAAAAUAUCUUGUUUAGAUGCGCAGAAUAAACUUAAGUGUCAUUAUUGUUUUGCCUUGCCGCUUUAUGAUUACAUUAUUCCCUGUUAUCAAGAAAUUGAAAAAUGAGCUAGAGAAGUUGAAAACGAACUCAAUUUAGCCUUAUUUAUAUAUCAAAGCGAAGAUAUGUCAAAAUCAUUAUACGACUCAAAUAUUGAAAUCCAAAACUAUUUUGCUAUUUAUUGCAGUUUAUGUCAAGAAUUUUUAAAGAAAUCUAUUGACAUAGAAACUAAGUUUGCUCAAGAGCUGGAAAAAGAAUUUGAUAUUUAUAAAUCAAAUAUUAUUACGUUAGUUAAUAGAAAAAGCAAUCAAACAAGGAUUUCUUUUUAUAAUAUAGAAAAUCAAUCAUUUUUAUGCAAGCUUAUAAAUACCCCUGAGCCACUAAGUGAGUUUACAUGCAUUACUCAGCUUCCAAAUAAUGAAAUAUUUUGCUUUGGAAAUAAUUACCCUGUUUCUGGAGUUACUUGUAUAAUUAAUACGAAUUUACUUACAUGUAGGGCAUUAGUGGAUGGAAAACCUUGCUAUAAUUCAUCAUCUAUCUAUUAUAAUAGAUUUGUAUAUGUUUUUGGAGGAUGUGAUGACUAUGAUUGCCUUCAGCAUGCAGCAAAAUAUGAUCUCUCCGAAAAUAGAUGAAUAAACCUUACACAGCUUCCAGGACUAGCUCUAAUUUGUUCAUGCAUCCAAUUUAAACAUAAAAUUCUUUUGUCAGGACUAGGUUUAAGAUCUAUUUACAGCUAUGACCCAAUAAUCAACAGCUAUUCAGUGGUGACAAAUUUUUAUCUUGAUGAGAAUGCUUUGAAAAUUCUUAUAUUAGUAGAUUCCAGAAUUUAUUUAAUCACCCAGAAAAACCUUUAUCAAAGUGAAUUUUUGGAUGAAUUUAACUGAACUCGUAUCUCAGAUAUAUAUAUGCCACAUUAUGUUCAGAUUUUUAAAGUAUAUGGUAAUGAAGGUGUGUAUGUUGGUCUGAAUUAUUUUGGAAUUAAUGAAGGAAAUUUUUAUCAUUAUUGCUUGUUUAAUAUAAAAAAGAAGACGUUUGAUUCUGUUAAUUUAUAUAAAAUUCUUUAA